UCGUACCGGAAAAUUUGCGUUUGUUGUUUUGUUGAAAUGAAGUAUUUAUUCGUAUUUAAACAUAAUUCUGUUUGAAUUUCACUCUUUUAUAAGAUUGCUUGGUGAAAUUUAUGUUAUAAGUGAUGUAUCAACGCAGUAAAACUACAGAAUAUAAGUCGUAACUUUUUGUGAAGUAAGUUUUCAUCUGCGAAAUUCGUGAUGGGGUCGUAUCCAAAGAAAAAUUCGGCGGAAUGGUUUAUUGAUCAACUUAAUGUUGAGAAUGCGAAGCUCUUAGCAUUUUUUCUGGUCUUGGGAUUUAUUGGUUAUCACGGAAUAUUACAUUUGAGAUAUGGGCCAGAUUCCUGCACAUGGCUAUUAUCUUCUGGUAGAUAUAAGGGUGACCAUGAAUGGCAGUCUUAUGGUUGUAUGUUGCACAAAUAUUCAAAAACCGAUGCAAGAAGAUGCUUACGAUAUUUAGCAUUCUGGGGGAAGUAUAAUAGUUUUGCAUUCAUCGGUGACUCCCGGUUGGAACAACUUUAUGAGCAUUUCAUUAGUGGCCUCAAAACUCGAUUGGAUAUGGACACAUCUUACUCUACAAUAGACCAUCACAUGCCGAACUAUACAUAUGUGGACAAUAAGUUGCGUCUGUCCGUAACAUUUAUAUGGACAGAGAAUGUUUCUAAAACUAUGGUGGAUAAGUUUAGGAUGUGGCAACAUUCAGACCAACCGCCAUCCGUGAUCGUCGCAAGCAGCGGUCUAUCACUAGUCAAGAAUCGUAACGUCUCUGAAUCCAAUUUAGAGGAAUACAAACGCAAUCUUACCCGUCUAGUUCAACCGAUAGACGCUCUAUCGUUGAAAGGAACGCAUGUGCUGUGGAAGCUUCUGGAAUCCGUGGAUAAUUCCAAGCUACGGAAUGAUGUGAAGAUCAAUAAUAAUGAUAUUGAUGCGUAUAAUAGAGCUGCUGUGGAGAUACUCCAACACAGCGCCACCAAGCUGUGGAACGCCCCCCGGCUGGCCGCCAGCGGAGCCCUAGCGGCCGACGGCUGGUCCCUCAGCCCCACAGCCCUGCGGCACUGCACACAGAUACUACUGAACAUGUUCUGCAACGACCACAUGAACUUCAACGACGGGACUUGCUGUGCGCAGCCCGAGCCCUGCACGCAGCUGCAGAUGAUGACCUUCGCCCUGUUUCUUGUGUGCGCAGUGCUAGUCCUGGUCCGCUCACUAUGGCGCUGGUCACAAACGUUCAAACAACAACUCGACGGCUACUCGCUAGUGAACAAACAGACAAAACAACCGUCCCCCAUGGUGGCACUGGCUAAGCUCGGAAUGAUAAUGUCGUACUUCUACCUGUGCGACAGAACUAAUUUCUUCAUGAAGGAGAAUAAGUAUUAUUCGGAGUGGAGUUUCUGGCUGCCCGUGGGUUAUGUGUUUGCGUUGGGAUUGUUCUUUACGGACGAGUCGAAGUCUAGUAGCCACUCGCGGGUGCUGCACCGCGAGCAGACGGGCGAGUGGAAGGGCUGGAUGCAGCUGGUGAUCCUCGUGUCGCAGGUGACGGGCGCCGGCAAGGUGCUGCCCAUCUACAUGCUGGUGCGGGCCCUGCUCUCCGCCUACCUGUUCCUCACGGGCUACGGCCACCUGUGCUACACGUGGAAGACGGCCGACAUGGGGCUGGUCAGAUACUUCCGAGUGAUAUUUCGCUUGAACUUCUUCACGAUAGUCCUGUGUCUGACGAUGAACAGGCCGUACCAGUUCUACAGUUUUAUACCUCUGGUUUCCUUCUGGUAUACAUUGAUGUUCGCAAUAUUCGCGUUACCACCGCACAUAACACCGCUAUCCAGCCACACAGUCGAAUCUAAACCCUACCAAUACCUGUACAUAGCGACCAAAGUGAUAGGGCUGCUGGCCAUAGUGACCAUACUGUACAUGAGCGAAGUGUUCUUCCAGAAGAUAUUCGUGAUGAGACCUUGGAAGGCGCUGUUCGUUAAUAGUGAUGAUGAUAUCCAUCAGUGGUGGUUGGAUUGGAAGCAGGAUCGGUACUCCAUGGCAUACGGCAUAAUAUUCACCAUCGCGUAUCUCCUGGCCCAACGCUACAAUCUCUUGGACGACAACAACCACAACAACUUAUUCACCCCUGGAAUCUCUCUUACAGCCACUUUCCUGGCCUUCAUCGGUAUCGGCAGUUACGUGACAUUUACCUUUUUCUGCACAAAUACCUUCGAUUGCAAUGAAAUUCAUAGCUACGUGUCCUUUUUGCCCAUAGUCAGUUAUAUUCUGCUAAGGAAUGUCUCUGGAGCGUUAAGAACAAGACAUUCGAGCCUUUUUGCCUGGUUUGGGGGUAUUACUUUGGAACUAUUCGCUAGUCAGUCGCAUAUUUGGUUAGCCGCUGAUACUCAUGGCGUGUUGGUGCUGAUUCCCAGCGCGCCAAUACUGAACCUUAUAUUGACGUCGUAUAUUUUCGUUUUUACCGCGCAUGAGAUUCAUAAAUUGACGGCCAUUAUCCUGCCAUAUGCAGUUCCAGACGAUUGGAGAUUGGUUUUGAGGAAUUUUGCGAUCUUUCUAGCGAUUUUAGUACCGAUUGGUAUACACGAUGGUAUGUUUUAGAAGGUAGAUCGAGAUUUUGUAAAGAAUUGCAGGAUUCGAAUUGUAAAUAUUUAUUAUUUAAUAUUUAUUUCAAUAGAAAUAACAGGCAACAAUUUCAAUGUUAAUUGUGAAGAUCUCAAUUAUGCAUAAUGUUUAUUUUUGGUUCUAAAGUUAAAAAUAAAAUAAAAAAAUUAUAAAUGUUCAGGCCUACCGAUGUUUUAAAAGUGCAGCUGUGAUCUGAUUAAUUAUAUGAAAAAUUGUGAAUUAUUUUGUUUAUUUUUUUAUUUUAAACUAAGUUAUAAUUAUUA